AUGCCCCAGGCCCUCCCAAACGGCGCCAUCCGCGCAGCCUCCUACUCAGGCGUGCGCGUCUACGAGACCAUGUGUCGUGGGAUUCCAGUCAUGAGACGAAUGGGCGACGCCUAUAUCAACGCGACUCAGAUACUCAGAGCCGCCGGUCUGCCCAAGCCUCAAAGGACAAAGAUUUUGGAGAGGGAUGUUACGGGUGGCGUGCAUGAGAAGGUUCAGGGGGGUUACGCUGGGUUUCAAGGAACAUGGGUACCGCUGGGAAGUGCUCGCAAGAUAGCAGCUAUCCAUGGCGUUGACAGGGAACUGGAUCCGUUGUUUUCAUAC